GGAGGGGAGAUAACCCACGAGUACAGAGUGCAAGCUACAAGGCAGCAGCGGGACUGUGUGUUUGUCGGCCGCGGUUUCGAGAUAACCUACGUCAACGAGCUCAAGCUGCAAGACAGCACCAUCGGGACUUGGGACUGCUUUGCUGAGGAGCAGUGAGAGAGUUGCACCCUUUGGACCUUCUGCCAAUUUCUUGUGACUGGUCACUGUUUUCCUACGCGUAAUCUGCAGCAGGAGUACCACGGCUAGAAACGGCCGAUGUAACCGCCCCUGCGGAGCGCAUGACUCGACGUCCGUCUGCUAUCGCCGCCGGAAGAAGAAUCCCCUGAGCAACAGAUGCAGCACACAGAAACGGGAGGAGCAGAAGCAGAUAGACGAAGGUGAAGGCCUGAUCUUGGCCAUGCUAUGAAGGACCUGGAGUCACAUAAGGUCGAUCCCCUCCACGGGUUGGACUCUCGCUGGAGCUGGAUCACGGCCGCGUCAUGCACCUGGAUGCUGUUCUUCGCAACGUUCAGCGUCCGCGUCACCGGAGUGCUCUUCUUCGGUAUCAUGGGCACCUUCGGUGUCACCAGGAAGCAAGCUUCGUGGCCCGUGACGCUGCACAGCUGCUUUCUACAUCUGGGAGGGCCAGUGAUGGGUCUUCUAUGCCGGCGCUUCUCCUGUAGGACGGUACUUCUAGUCUGCACUUCGCUGACUGGGCCAGCAACUGCCUUGUGCUUCUUCGCCGAGGGCGUACUCUUCAUCAACAUUUUUUUCGGCGUGUUGCACGGGUUUACCCUUUCCGGCAUGCUCGUCGGAGUGAACGUGGUUAUGGCGCAACACUUCGAAAAAUGGCGAAACACGGCCUUCAGCGUGCUAUUUAGCGUCAGCAGUCUGAGCACAUUUGCCAUCCCACCUGCGAUCGAAUUCUUCCGCAUCACUUAUGGCAUAAGGGGGGCCUUCCUUCUACUGGGCGCACUCAUGUUCAACACCUUGCCUGGUGCAAUUAUUGUCAAGAGCCCGGCUUGGAUGAAUCGAAAUUUCAACCAGGGUGUGAAAAAGAAAGAGAAGAAAUCAAAUCGCUCUAUUCUGUCUGAAAAACUUCAAAGCAAGAGAAAGGACGAAACUGUAUGCUCUGAGGCAAGCUUUCCCGGCACAAUAUCAGCUGCCUCCCGAAUCGACGCUACGAAAGACGUUCUCGACUGGAGCACAAAAGUUAAUAAUUCACAAACGCCCACAGAAGGCACCGUCCAAGCAGACGAGUUAAAGGAAACGAUGAAAAAGUUUCUAAGUGUGUUGUUUUGGUGCGACGCCCUUUCUUUUGCCACAGUCGUGUUUAGUCAGACCACGUUCGUGCUGCUUUCUGUCGAUCUGUCAAGGGACAAGAACAUCACGCCCAGUGAGGCCGUCUACCUUCUCUACGCAUUGUCAGCCGGCGACACCGUGUUCAGGACUGUCAGCGGCUUGGUGAUUGACUCCGGGCACCUCUCCCUGGAAGCCGUCAUGGCCCUCGGGCACUUGGUGCAGGCGCUGGCCUUCGAGCUACUCGUGUGGUCCACUAGUCUGCCCAUGCUGCUGCUGUCUUCCGUGCUCGUGGGCGUCGGCCACGGUUCCACAAUUUUUCUUGAGACUCCCGUAUGUGUAAAAGACUUCGGUAUGAGUGCCCUUCCCAUCAUGGUCGGUGGGAUGUCCUUCUGCGUUGGCGUCGUGAUCCUUGGGCUGCCAAUUUUGACUGGUCACUUCAGAGACAAGCUUCAAGACUACAACGGACUUUUACACGUCAUCGCGGUGGCCAACGUCCUGCUUCUUGCUAUUUGGUCGCUAAGAAUGGUCGUUGAGCGACGAAAACGGAGAAAAUCUGUUAGUCUUUGCCACAGGAAGAAAAAUCAGCAAAUAUGCUCGAUAAACGUAAACCCGGUGUCUGGAACGUGCGAAGCUGGAAACCCGUCGCACGCGAAUAAAGAAAACUGCACUAUGUAAAAAAAAAAGGACUUCUUGCUGGUUUGUAAUCCCACAUUGUGCAAGUGGUUUUUAUCGUAUGUGUUUGUUUCUCGUGUCGUCGUUUCUGAGUUUAAGUAAUAGAAUUUUUACUAUUAAAAUGAAUGUACAGCCA